UCCCAGCUCCGUCACCCUCCCGCCCCCCACACUCGAGACGAGAAUGCCCUGCCCGGAACAACCUAGCAGCGCCUAGAUGGCUUUGGUCACGGUCCAGCGGUCGCCUACCCCCAGCACCACCUCCAGCCCCUGCGCCUCGAGCUCUCAUUUGGAAGAAUCAGCAGUGAUACUUUACUGUGAAUGUGAAGAAUCAGAAAUCUUUAGUGAUUUCAAUGAGGCAGACAGUGGGGAAGAGGAAUGCCGGUCACAGCCCAGAAGCAUCAGCGAGAGCUUUUUAACUGUCAAAGGUGCCGCACUUUUUCUGCCACGGGGAAAUGGCUCAUCCACACCAAGAAUCAGCCACAGACGUAACAAGCAUGCAGGUGAUCUUCAGCAGCAUCUCCAAGCAAUGUUCAUAUUACUUCGCCCGGAAGACAACAUCAGGCUGGCUGUAAGAUUGGAAAGUACUUAUCAAAACAGAACACGCUAUAUGGUAGUAGUUUCAACUAAUGGUAGACAAGACACUGAAGAAAGCAUCGUCCUAGGAAUGGAUUUCUCUUCUAAUGACAGUAGCACUUGUACCAUGGGUUUAGUCCUGCCUCUCUGGAGUGACACCCUAAUUCAUUUGGAUGGUGAUGGUGGGUUCAGCGUAUCAACAGAUAACAGAGUUCACAUAUUCAAACCCGUAUCUGUGCAGGCAAUGUGGUCUGCACUACAGAGUUUACACAAAGCUUGUGAAGUCGCCAGAAUGCAUAACUACUACCCAGGCAGCCUAUUUCUUACCUGGGUGAGUUAUUACGAGAGCCAUAUCAACUCAGAUCAAUCCUCAGUCAACGAAUGGAAUGCUAUGCAGGAUGUGCAGUCCCAUCGGCCUGACUCUCCAGCUCUCUUCACAGACAUACCAACAGAACGUGAGCGAACAGAAAGGCUAAUUAAAACCAAAUUAAGGGAGAUAAUGAUGCAGAAGGAUUUGGAGAACAUCACCUCCAAAGAGAUACGAACAGAGUUGGAAAUGCAAAUGGUGUGCAACUUACGGGAAUUCAAGGAAUUUAUAGAUAAUGAAAUGAUAGUAAUCCUUGGUCAGAUGGAUAGUCCUACACAGAUAUUUGAGCAUGUGUUCCUGGGCUCAGAGUGGAAUGCCUCCAACUUAGAAGACUUGCAGAACCGAGGGGUGCGGUAUAUCUUGAAUGUCACUCGAGAGAUAGAUAACUUCUUCCCAGGAGUCUUUGAGUAUCAUAACAUCCGGGUAUAUGAUGAAGAAGCAACGGAUCUCCUGGCUUACUGGAAUGAUACUUACAAAUUCAUCUCUAAAGCAAAGAAACAUGGAUCUAAAUGUCUCGUGCACUGUAAGAUGGGGGUGAGUCGCUCAGCCUCUACAGUGAUUGCCUACGCAAUGAAAGAAUAUGGCUGGAAUCUGGACCGAGCCUAUGACUAUGUGAAGGAGAGACGAACAGUGACCAAGCCCAACCCCAGCUUCAUGAGACAAUUAGAAGAGUACCAGGGAAUCUUGCUGGCAAGCAAACAACGACAUAACAAGCUCUGGAGAUCUCAUUCAGACAGUGAUCUUUCAGACCAUCAUGAACCCAUCUGCAAACCUGGACUAGAACUCAACAAGAAAGAGAUCACCACCUCAGCAGACCAGAUUGCUGAAGUGAAGUCCAUAGAGAGUCACCCAUCCAUACCUCCCGUCUUUGUGGAACAUGUGGUCCCACAAGAUACAAAUCAGAAAGCCCUGUGUACCAAAGAAAGAAUGAUCUGCUUGGAGUUUACUUCUAGGGAAUUUCAUGCUGGACAAAUUGAAGAUGAAUUAAACUUAAAUGAUAUCAAUGGAUGCUCAUCAGGGUUUUGUCUCAAUGAGUCAAAAUUCCCUCUUGACAACUGCCAUGCAUCUAAAGCCUUAAUCCAACCUGGGCAGGUCCCAGAAAUGGUCACCAAGUUCCCAGAUUUAACAGUGGAAGAUCUGGAGACAGAUGCACUGAAAGCAGACAUAAAUGUCCACUUACUGCCUAUGGAAGAGUUGACAUCUGGACUGAAAGACCUCCCCAUGUCUCCUGAUCCUGAGUCACCAAGCCCCCAGCCUAGCUGCCAGGCUGAAAUUACAGAUUUCAGUACAGAUCGCAUUGAUUUUUUUAGUGCCCUAGAGAAGUUUGUAGAGCUCUCUCAAGAAACUAGGUCUCGAUCUUUUUCUCACUCAAGGAUGGAGGAGCUAGGUGGAGGAAAGAGUGAGAGCUGUCGACUGUCAGUGGUAGAAGUAACUACUUCUGAAGCGACCACUGAUGACCAGAGAAGCAGCUCUUUGAGUAAUACGCCCCAUGCAUCAGAAGAAUCUUCAAUGGAUGAAGAACAAUCUAAGGCAAUCUCAGAAUUGAUCAGCCCAGACAUCUUCAUGCAUUCUCAUUCAGAAAAUGCAAUUUCAGUCAAAGAAAUUGUCACUGAAAUUGAAUCCAUCAGUCAAGGAGUUGGGCAGAUGCAGCUGAAAGGAGACAUGGUGUCCAACCCAUGUCAUACACCAAAGAAGAGCACCAUCCAUGAGCUGUCCCUUGAGAGAAUCCAGGCCCCAGAAAAUAAACCUGGUCAUACGGAGCAGGAUGAAGGUUUCUGCACAGCCCAGCCUGAACUAGCCAAAGACUCAGGGAAGUGCAACCCGGAAAGCUGCCUAUCCACACACUCAUCCGCAGUGGACUUGGAAGAAGAGGAAUCAACAGAAGGGGAACAUGAGCUGUGGGGCCCAGGCAUGCAUCCAGGUGCCAAGUGGUGCCCUGGGUCUGUGAGGCGAGCCACCCUGGAGUUUGAAGAGCGUUUACGGCAGGAGCAGGAGCACCAUAGUUCUGUCCCUGGGUGUGCCUCAUUGUCUACUCGCAAGAAUUCUAAGAAUGAUUCUUCUGUAGCAGACGUAGCACCAAAAGGGAAAAGUGAUGAAGCCAUCGCAGAAUAUUCAUUUGCUCCCAAGGAACCAGAAGGAACCAAGGACAAAGCAAAAUGCAGUAGGUCUGAGGCUGGCUCACUAUCCCAGUGUGAGCAGAAUGCCAUUGCUCCAGCACUCGAGGUGCUGGAGUAUCACCCCUUGGCAGCAACUCAGGAGUAUCCAGGGUUAGAUAUUAGAACAAAGCAAGGAGUCCCAGAGGAGCAAGGGACUGUAGUUUCAUGCCAGGGGUCUGAGACACAGGACCUCCCUCCUCCCAGAAGGAUAGAAAUCAUUGAGCAUACUCACACAGUUACAUCACUCAGUCACUCUGGGUCAGGGAGUGAAAUAGUCACAAGCAAAGAGAAGGGGGAGCAAGGACUGAGGAAAGUAAAGGUGGAGAAGUCUGUCACUGUGCUGUGUGCACUGGAUGAAAAUCUGAAUAGGACUCUGGAUCCCAGCCAGCUUUCUCUGCACCCCCAAGUGCUACCUCGGCCUCAUUCUUCUCCAGAGCAAGAUAGGUCCUCCAGCCCAGCCUCCAUGUUGAGCAGCCCUGAAGACAGAGGCAACAGCCCAUUGACAGCCCUGGAAACAACAGCACCUUUUAUCAGUCAUACAACCCACAUACUACCUGCCGACUUGGAAUAUCUGCAUUUCCAGACCAUGGUUCACCUGAAAGGCUGCACAGAGCAAAGCAGCACAACAGACAGUGAGCCCUCUGCAGAACAAGUUAGCUGGGAAAAAAGUCAGAAAGGCCAUCUCUCUGGUGGUGAUGAAGCACCACACAAGGGCUCCCAGUUAAAUAGCAAGGACCUAAAUUUAAUUAGCAAACUUGAUGACAACACUGGGGAGUUACAGAAAAGAAUGGACCCAUCACAGGUAUCCUGGCGACUCCCACAUAGCUGUAGUAGUGAAAAUAUAAAGGGUCUCAGCCACAGCCCUGGUGUGGUAAAGGAGCGUGCUAAAGAAAUCGAGUCCCGAGUGAUAUUCCAGGCAAGUAUCCCCAAACCAUCCCAAAUGAGGCGCUCAGCUUCUCUGGCCAAGUUAGGUUACCUGGACCUUUGUAAAAACUGUUUACCAGAGAGAGAGUCUGUCUCCUCUGAAUCCCCUCAUCUCAAAAUGCUUCAGCCCUUCAUCAGAACAGAUUCAGGCAUGCAUGCCAUGGAGGCCCAGGCGCCCCCAGAAAACCCAGGUGCCUCCCAGAACACAGAGCCCACUAAGUAUUUUGUAGAGCAACUCAAAACAACAGAGUGUAUUGCACAAAGCAAACCAGUGGAGAGGCCUCAUGUGCAGUAUGCCAAAGAAUUUGGUUAUAGUCAGCAGUGUUUGCUUCCCAGGGCGGGACAAGAAUUGACUAGUUCUGAAGGAGGCCUUCCUUUGCUACAGACCCAGGGACUGCAGGGUGCAGGCCCAGCUCCAGGGCUGGCUGUGGAACCCCGUCAGCAGCAUGGCAGAACUCACCCCCUUAGAAGACUGAAAAGGACAAAUGAUAAAAAACGGACAACCAACCCCUUAUAUAACACCAUGUGAUUCUGAGCCUAUUACGUGUGAUUUUUCUAAAAGAAAUGUAUGUAAAGGGGGCAGGUGUAAUAUGUAAGGAACAUGCACUUUAUUGGUUGAUUUUGUAAUACUUUGGUCAUUUUACUGUUCUGGCGCAUGCAGGGUUUGGGUUUCUCAGCGUGCAUGUGUAUAUGUGUGUGUAUAUGUGAGUACCGAGAGACUGAUUUGGAUGUCAGGACCAUUUCAUCAUUGUUUAUUUUUUAAAAAUUCAAACCUCAAAAAAAACUCAUUUUCAAAGAACACCUUUAUCAAGAGAAAUUGCUGUUUUUCAGUCAGCUGCCACCUGCUCCUGAUUUUGCUCUCUGAGAAAAGGCAUGCUUGCUUGAUUGAGAGAAAGAAGCAGAUGGAGAGAGUGGCACUGAGGCUGCAAAUUAGAAGUGCUCCCCUAGGCCUUUGUGACGAUGGUUCCCAGACUUCAGGCAUCAGAUGAGCUGAAGGACAGCCAGGACUCCAGAGUGUUCUUGGCCCUCACCUCCAGCCCUAGUCCUUUGGAGUUCCUGAAAAAGAUAAGCUCUACCCUGCUUUACAAGGGGAUCCUCAACAACUCAUUUCUUCUGGUACUGUAGACUGUAUUAUAAUAGAAAGGCAUGGAUAAUAGCUGGCUCUGUAAAUGUAUCAAGCAAAUUUUUUAAAUUAAAAAGGAACAAAUUAAAGCGAAGAGUUCUUCUGUAGAGGAAAAUAUGAUAGGAGGAGAGGAGAGAGGCUGCUGCCCAGUAACUUCUGGCUUGGUGGGCUCCAUCUAUGUGACCAUCCUGGCCCUCCCUGCCAGAAAAUCUUCCCUGCAAGUGUCCCCCCAACUAAAAUGCUAAAAUGCAGUAGGGUCAAGUUUGAAAAACAGCAAUCAGCAGUCAGUGUGUUCUUGUAAAAUGAAUACAUAUGUAGGGUUUUUAAACCCUUUCCAUUACUUGAAUAAUUCUGUGGGCCUUCUGAGUUUAAUGGCCAUAUUUUUCCCAAUUUGUUUUCCUCUACCUUACUGUAUCCCCCAAUCCUGCCUGUUUUUUAAUUUCAUAGGUUAUAUUUGAAUUGUUACAUUACAUAUGUAUAACCUCCAUUGAAUGCAAAGUUUUCUCUAUUAUUACUGUCUAACACUUGACAUAAGGUUCCCCCCCCUUCCCUGGAAGUUGUGUCAUUUCUCUAAAGUAUACACAGUGUUUAUGUACAUAAUGUCACUUUCUUACAAUGUUCUGUUGUUGAUGUUGUAGGGUCCUUUCUGAUUUAUUCUUUUUAAGAAGGAAUAGAGUUCCAACUGGAAAACACAUAAAGACACCAGAAAUAAAACUGGUAGUUGUUGAUAGGAAUCUGCACCAUAUAUUGAUGGUGAUUUUGUUUAAAUGGAGAUUUCUAAUUGCUGGCUCCUGCCAAAUUAUGCAUUAGUAACUUCCUCCUCAUUGAAACCCCUACAGGUUCCCAUUAGAUCACAGUGUGACUAAAGGCUGAUUUCUGUUUGAGACUAAAAGCCUAAAAUAUUAUUUGCCAGUAGAUGAACCACAGCCAGAAAGUGUAUAUGCAUUGCCCAGAGCGGAAGCUCCUAAUGGAGGCUGAGAGGCCACAGGGGAGGUCUCUGCCAAGAGCAAGUGCCCAUAAUAACUACAUUUAGGAUGUGUUGCUUUGUGGCUAUGGAGAUCUUUAACACAGGAGCAUCUGCCAUAAACAAGCCUCCAAGCUUCAUACAAAAAGCAUGUUUAGCCUGGGAUGAAACACCUACUACAGCUCAUCAGAACUGAAGAAGUUUGCAAGUUUGCUUCCUCUCUGCUUUGGUUGAUGUCCACAUUGCUAAGGGUUGACUGAAUACAAACUUGAGACUUGGGUUUUUGGUUCGUCACAGCAUUGAGAGGAAGAGAUACACGCACAGACUGUCAUGGUGAUGUCACAGGCCAGAGUCUGGAGGGGACAGACAGUUGAGCAACCAAAAGGAUACAGAAAAGGUGAACUGAGGCUAUUUUCCAGUGCUCCAGAGGAGCUAUGGAUCCAGUUGCCUCAUGGAAGCCAUGGUUGGGUCUGACAUCACUACCAGGAGCAGGUUGGAAAGAAACCACCUGCUAAAAGAGUCUUUAUGGUGUAAUAAUUAUGUAUAUCUGUGCUGUCCUUCAAUGUCCAAAUGUAUCACCGACACAGCUUUGUGAUUCCUGGGUAUUUAUGUGUUGUAAAGUGUUUUGUUGGGUUAUAUAUUUGACAGCGUGAGGAGGCUUGUCAAACAAAAUGAUGACUUCCAGGGCUCACCCAUCUAAACCACCCUGUCUUAUUGAAGCAGUUCCACUAGCAGUGUGACGGGGAAAGGACAGGAAUUGUGGCAGGAGUUGGGGAGAGGAUUUACAUGGAGAGUGGCACCAGCAUCCCAUAUAUUAAAAAGCAGAAGUAUCAACAGUGGGGCACUGUUCCCUCUCACCUGCCACUGUGUUUAAUGCUCACUCUCACUGCAUUUAAUGGCAAUGAAAAGGGGGAAGAAAUGUUCUCAUGCUGUGAAAAAAUAUGAACUUUACUUUUUUUAAAGAGUAGAGAAUACAAUCUUGUUCUGCCUUC